GCUUAUGCUUAUCUAUUGUUGAUAUAUUGCAUCUAUUGUGGUCUCAGAGUAGGUGUGUAGUGUGUACUGUGUAUAAUUUUUGAUAUUUGUAUUGCUAGGCAUGUGGCCAUGUGGUGAAGUAUUGUCACUUCAGUAUGGAACAGCACCAAGCUCCAUUAUUGCGGAGCACUGCUGUUCCAUCAAUGCGAGACCUGUGCUUGAAGGAAGUUGCUAAGAACCUUCAGGGCAAUAUCCCAGACAAAGUACAAGAGUUGCUGUCCCAUCUUCCACCUGAUGAGGCAGUGGAAGCUCUUGACCAGGCUCUUUCAUCAUCUGUAACGCCGACGGGCGUUUGUCCUUACCGGCUGUUGCUGCCGCGUCCCGGCGUCCUGCUACAGUCGUCCCGGCUCCGCGGGAACCUGCUGCGCAUCACCAGGCAUGCCUCGGCGGACGCCAGUUCACGCGUUGCCAGGGACGCGCUUCUGCUCCGGAUCUGCUCGGCUGGGUCACAGACGGAACUCACUGACGUCCUCGAAUUCGGGACAUUCCUAUGUGAAAUGGGCUGGCAUGAAGAUGGUAUGAUCAUUCUGGAGAAGACCUUCUCCGUCUUAUGUAAAAAUGUCUCCUGGCAGGUGUCUGAAAUGGCUCUGGAUUGUGUUCAUAGACAGCUGGCGGCGGAGACUGCCGUAGGUCGGGUGGGUGCCGCCGGGUGGAACGCCGGUCGUAUGGCCUUCCUGAACGAUGCGGGACUGGGCCUCCGGUCUGGUCUGCAGUCGGCGGCGGCGGCGGCCCAGGCGCGGCUCGCUCUGCUCACCGAGAACUGGCCCGCGGCGCUGCGGUGGCUGGUCGUCGCUCUGGACUCCGUGCCGGCGGCAGCGCCCGCUGACCUGGCUGCCGAGCUGCCCCGGCUGGUGGCUGAGCUCCUGCUGAGCUGCGGCUGCACGGCGCCGCUGGUGGAGCUGGCACCGCAGGCUCUCAGCGCCUCCUAUCGGCACUGGGGCCAGCUGCACCCGCAGACCCUGGCCGCCGCCCGCGUGCUCGGCGACUUCGCCCUGCUCUCGGGGUUCAGCGGCCGAGCAGAUGAUAUCAGCCAGAUCUGCGGCCGGCUGGGGGAGCAGAUGUAUGCAGAGUCCAGCCCCCUGCGGCAUCGGCUGAGGCUGGACCGGCUGCUGCUCGAAAUGAAACUGGCCGCCGCCGACCCUCCCGAGGACGGCUCUCACAGCGGGCCCCAGACGGAGCGUCCUGCCACGCUACAGCUACCCAGUCACAGCUGCUGGACCAUUGACCUGACCCUGGCCGACUGUCAGUGGGUGGACGACCAGCUCCCGCUGCUGCUCAAUUCGCUCAACGGCUUCAGUGAGGCGGCGCAGCUGGGCGUUCAGACUUACUCUCGUCUGCGCGAGACGGAGCGCCUGUGUGAAGAGCUGAUCGGCCCGGCCAGUCUGCGGCUGAGCAGGGUACUGACCCAGCUGGCGCGGCUGCUCCUCAACCUGGAGCUGGACCAGCUGCUGCCCAACACGAUCUCGUGCGCGCCUGAGGCGGAGACGCUCCUGCGGCGGGCGCUGGAUAUCCAGGCGCAGCUGGGAGUGCCGAGCGACCACCGCGACUCGCUGGUCACCCGGCUCACGCUCGCCAGCCUGCACACCUACUCGAGCACGCAGUACCUGCUGGAGGCUGAGCGACUGAUGAAGGCCGCGCUACGAGACUGCCACGGCGGCGGUCACUGGCGGCACCUGGAUCUGGCCGAGCACUGUCUGCGCGGCCUGUCGGCCAUCUACGCGCGCCACGAGGACGCCCAGCGCGCCGCCGACAUGGACGACCUGCUGGAGACGGUGCAGGCUCUGCGGCGCCGGCUCGCCGCCCAGAGGCUGCCGCCCGAGGGACUGGCCGCCCUGCUGCCGCCGCGGCCCUGGAGCCAGCGCGAGAUGAGGCAGCAACUCAUGGCGGCGCUCCGACGGGUGGCGACGGUGGUGCGGCCCGACAAACUGACAGUGGUGACGCCUCACGGACUGACAGUGGUGACUCCUGAAUGACUGACGAUGACGGUGGUGACACCUGAAUGACUGGCGGUGAUGACACCUGAAUGACUGACGGUGGUGACGCCUGAAUGACUGGCGGUGGUGACACCUCAAUGACUGACGGUGGUGCUGCCUGCACGGCAGCGGCCCAGUGUCGGUGUGCAGGGUGGCUCCGAUGGAGUGUGGCACAUGUAACCAGUGAGCUUGAUCGUGCCAACGCUGUACCUUUGCUUGUCUUAUGAUAUUGAACUCCAUAAUAAUGAUGUGCUGUUGAUCCACGUGAAAAAUCUGUUAGCACAAUGUGCAGCACCGUCCAAUAUCUGUGAACGCGCCAAACGUAUCCAAGUUGGGAGGAACCCGGCCUCCGUAAAGCGUGGUGGCUCCGUUGUUAUUUUAUACAGACGGGUCGCAGGUUGUGAUAUCUAUAUGUGAUCGCGUUUUUACUGGAGAUGUGAUGGCACAUUCCGAUGUCACAUACUGAGCUUGCUGUUAGAUGUUUAUAGAGAUGUCUGUUGAGUGUAAUGUGUAAGGAUCGCGCCGAUGGAUAUACUGCGGGUAUGAGUCGUCGCCAUCUGUGAUUUAGUUGUGAGAUUCGCGCUGCCAAUAUUAUGAGAAUGGCACUGUAGUGCCUGCUUCCCUGGAUGCCGCGAUGCGAGCCUGUGUUAAGAUUAGCGAGCCCUGCCAGCCAGCGGAGUUGCAUGGAUCCAGCCGCCAUAUUGUUGAUUGCUAGGGAACUGUGUCAGUCAUUCGUACUACAGUGACUGCAAUCAGCUCCCCUCGCGCUGCCUCCAUUACGCCGGUACUCAGUUGUCAUUGCUGUGGUCUGGAAUCGGGUACGGGAUGUGGACCAUGGUCCGGAGGACCGCACCGCUUCGCUGUGCCGAGCAUGCUGUGCGCAGAGACCUGCUUAGUAAAAAUGUGCUUUCGCUUUGUUGAUUUAUUUGCUUUAUUGUUUGUUUAAGGUGAAGUCGAAGUGGCAUAUAUUUACGUUCGUUCUUCGUAAUAUGUUUGCGCUGUCUGCGCUGUUUGUCUAUACACAAUGUCUAAUCAAGACUUGUUAUUGGCCUAGGCCAAAAUUAAUAGCUUGAUGAAUUAUGUUUCAAGCAGGCUGGAAUAGAUACGUGUAUAAGCGCU